AUGGAUGAGGUGGAGCAUAGGGUCACAGUGGUGAAAGCUGAUGCCAGUUCGUUCAAGGAAGAGAUCCAAGCCCUGAAGACGCAGACAAUGCGGUGUUGCCUGUUGCUGUAUACACUGGCCAGUUACCACAGUAUCGUCUCCUUCAGACUCUGCUCCUUCAAUGUCCGAUAUCUGGGACCUUCCAAAGCUUCCAAACCCAGGGUAAUGGACAUCAUCAUCAAGAUUAUAAGCCGCUGUGAUAUUUGCCUGAUCAUGGAGGUUCGCGAUACCAAGGGGAAAGUGGUUGAACAUCUCAUCGAGGAGCUGAACAGGUUGAAUGUGGGACACCAUUACACUUACACAGCGAGCAGGAGGCUGGGGCGUAGCCAAUACAAGGAGCAGUACGUUUUUGUCUACAGGUCAGACGUGGUGAAGAUCACAGACAGUUACCAGUAUGAAGACAAGAAAGGCAACGCAGCCAUCUUCGCUCGAGCUCCAUUCGUUGUUGUGUUCCAUUCGCCAAGAACCGUGAUUAAAGACUUUGCCCUGGUUGGUCUACACACUGCACCCAGUGAUGCUGUGCAGGAGAUGGAGGAACUUUACAACGUCUUCCUGGAGGUCAGGAAGAAGUGGGGCAUUGAGGACGUGAUGCUGCUGGGGGAUCUGAAUGCAGGCUGUAACUACGUCUCUCACAGCGACUGGGAAACUAUCAGAGUGCGCAGCGAUCCCAGCUUCCAUUGGCUUAUCGGUGAUGAGGAAGACACUACCGUCUGCAAGAGGACCCACUGCGCGUACGACAGGAUGAUUGUGCACGGCUCCAGGUUUUACAGCGCUAUCGUGCCUGGGUCAGCCAAGGCAUUCCAUUUCCAGGCAGAGUUUAGACUGUCCGAGAGCCAGGCUGGGGAGGUGAGUGACCACUACCCAGUGGAGGUGGAGAUUAAACUGGACCGAACUGACCACAGUGAACUCUGA